AUGAAGACGAGUACCUGUGCGCACGUAACUGCACGGCAGUCGAAAAAAUUGGAAGCAUACAAGCCUAAACAGUGCUGUGCUUACUCUAAGGAUCCGGUGGUCAACAAAAUUGUUCUAAAAUUGAUAAAUCAGUAUGAGGAAUAUGGAGCUUGGCGCCAAAAAUCGAGGAAAGUUGCUAUUUUGGCCGGAAUUCCACCCAGUACUUCGUUAACACGUGGGAGUUAUUAUAAGCCUCGCCAAACUUUUCGUGAUCCGCCAGCUGAUGUUCUAAAUCUCCACGCGAACUUUUUUACUGAGCCCAAGGAUUUUUGUCCAAGAACACUCAGGUCGUCAGCGUCCUCUCGAAUUCGUGAACUUGCAUGCUAUAAUCCGCCUCGACGACGUCAGGUGGGCGAACAUUUGGAGAAAUCUGAUUCAGGAGAGUUUCGUGGAGUAUCUUUGGGCAAUGCCUAUCAAUCCCAAGUUCCGGGUUUGUCACGCAAAGGUGCUUCCCAAAAUUUUGUGCCGUCUCCAUCAUACAUACCAAACCAGAAGGAGCAACAGUUGAAAGCUAUUCGCCAUAUUGCCGUAAAAUUGGAGGUGCCUGCGGACUUAAUGCUGGAGUUCUUAAUUCAUCCCAACCACAAUCCUGUUGAAUUCGAUACAACGAAGAAGGCAGAGCUUAAUUCAAGUGUCAGCACCAAUGGCACUAAAGCUCCGAACGACAAAAAUUCUGACACUGACUCCCAGAAGAAUGAGGAUAGUCUCUCUAGUCCUUCCACGCCUUCGCAAGACUCUUGCCGCACUACCAUUACCAGCCAAUCAAGGCAAUUCGACUGUAGCUCUCGGAAAAUAGGGGAUGAAUCGGAUGUGGGGAGUGAAUCAGACGAUGCCACCAUAUCUCUUGCUUCAUUAUCGCCUUCAGACUGUCAAUCGUCCCAGCAACGGUCUUCAAAAUUGACGUCAGAAAUUGACACUUCUUCGGGGCUGUCAGGUGGAUUGCCUGCUAUAGACUCGGAGAUUGAAGAGACCAGUCGAUCCCUCAGUUCUUUUGACAUCAAAAGAACGGUUAAAAGUGAUAAGAAAAGUAAAGAUAAUAGUGGCAAUGACGAAGAGGAGGAGGGAACUGACAUCGAUGAGAGCUGCACUAUCGAAUCUUUUGACGAUGAUGAAUAG